CAGCAGAGGAAGUAGCUGGGAGAUGACCGGCUAAGGGCAGGCCCCGUCAUUCCUGAGAUGAGAGGCUGCCAGAGAUGAGGCUGUCUCAUGUGGCCGUGGUCCUGGGGGUGAGUGUUCUGGCCUUCAGCGCUGGCAGCCUCCUCAAUUUUAAGCUGAUGAUCCAAUGGGUGACACAGAAAAACGCCCUCAUCUAUUUCAACGGCUACGGGUGCUACUGCGGCAAGGGGGGGCGAGGGAAGCCGAGGGACCGCACGGACAUGUGUUGCUAUAAACAUGACUGCUGUUACGAAGACUUGCAUCACGAAGGCUGCCACCCUUUCAUCGAUCACUACAGAUACCUGAUUAUCAACAACAACGUGCUCUGCAAGUACAAGAACGGGUCGCUCUGUGCCACCUUAGCGUGCGAGUGUGACAAGCAUGCCAGCUUGUGCUUCAAACAUGAAGCUUCAAGCUACAGCCUCAAACUCCGGCAUUACCCCGCUGUUUUGUGCAAAGAGCUGACCCCCAAAUGUUUUCCCAGCCCCAAGUCCUGAGGGGGGCUCUGAUCUCCCUGCAGCUGCAGGAG